UUGGCCGAGACGUGUUCCAUUAUCUACAAAGUAACAUCAUAUCUUUCAUUGUGUAAUCGUUAUGUACGAUUAGCGUACUAUCAAUUAUAUAAAUAGCAAAAUACUAUAUUACUUUUGUGUAUUCCUGCGAUAGUGGGCAACGGUUAGAAAGAAAAAUCAGUUUUCUACGAUUUUUUUAGGUGUAAUUCAAAUAAAUAUGGCUUCGAGAGUACCGAAAGUGAGGUUUAAUAAUAAUUUGGAGUGUCCCGUACUUGGGCUAGGCACAUGGAAGUCGAAGCCGGGCGAGGUGACACAAGCUGUGAAGGACGCCAUAGACGUCGGCUACAGACACUUCGAUUGCGCCUAUGUCUAUGGCAACGAGAAAGAGGUCGGCGUCGCUCUUACGGAUAAAAUAAACUCCGGCGCUGUGAGGCGGGAGGACCUAUUCAUCACAUCCAAGCUAUGGAACACCUUCCACCGGCCGGACCUGGUGCGGGGCGUCCUCAACACUACAUUAAAGAAUUUGAACUUACAAUAUUUGGAUCUUUACCUCAUUCACUGGCCUCAAGCCUACAAGGAGGAAGCAGGCAGCCUCUUCCCGGUAGACGCCAACGGUAAAUUACAAUUCUCUAAUGUGGACUUCGUGGACACGUGGAAGGAGAUGGAGGGGCUGGUCCGCGACGGACUGGUCCGCAGCAUCGGCGUCUCCAACUUUAACAGGAGGCAGCUGGAGAGGGUACUGCAAGCGGCCACCAUCAAACCGGUUACCAACCAAAUUGAAAGUCAUCCAUAUUUAAAUCAGAAACGUUUGAAAGCGUUCUGCGAAGAGCGUGGCAUUAUAAUCACGGCGUAUUCCCCGCUCGGGUCGCCGGACAGGCCGUGGGCGAAGCCCGGCGAGCCGCUGCUGUUAGAAGACCCCAAACUCAAGGCCAUCGCCGACAGGAUCGGGAAGAGCGUCGCUCAAGUACUAAUCAGAUACCAAAUAGACAGAGGCACUAUUGUCAUACCUAAGUCGGUGACCAAGUCGCGUAUUGCUGCCAAUUUCGACGUGUUUGACUUCACGCUAUCCAAAGAAGACAUAGCAUUGAUCGACACCUUCGAUUGCAACGGACGAAUCUGUCCGGAGUCUUCUGCCUUCGAUCACCCAGAUCACCCGUUCCGGAAUGAUGAAUAUUAAAAAUUUUCAUUUGUAUGCACGAAUUUAAUUAAAAUGUGAUAAAAAAACACCAUGCAUUUAUGUUGUUAAAAUACAUUAAAUGGAUUUAUACUGUGUAAA